AUGUCUAAGAGUGUCGACGUGUUCAAUCUGUCGCAGAAUCGCCUGCGCGCUGCCUCGUUCCAGGAUGAGGAGGAGCGGCAAAACGCCGAGUACGCAGAGCGGCACAAUCUACAGGCGCUCUUCAGUGAGUUUGCCACACAGCUGCGCGAAAAGGAUCCAAAGACAGAGCAAGAGGCGGAGCGCGUCCUACUCGAUCUUCUCUCACACCGCAAGGCAGAGCGGGACCGCGCUGCGCUUCGUCUGCACUUUGUUACCUGUUUUGAAGUCAACCUCGACAAUGGCCGCAAAGUCUUGAAGCUAACCUCUGGGUCGGAGAUAUGCACACUGCACAUUGUGCAAAAGACACGCUCUGUUGCCGUGGAUGACACCUUCACGGUGUCACUGGAGCAGGCGGAAGAACUGACAGAGAUAUUCUACGAGCUUGGCCGUUUCGUGGUGGAGUCCGCCAAGGGUGAGCUGACGGGGUUUAUUAGCAUCGAUGACCGUGAUGUGUACCUCCUCGCCGGCGGCAAGGACUGCUCCGAUGUUGGUGACGAACUCUUCAACAUGGCUUUUCUCAUGAAGGCGUCAUGCAAAGAUUGA